UGCAGUCAGUAGCCUGCCAGCGUCUCAACUGCGUGGUCACGGAAAGUUGGGGCUCGUUGUAUUUCUAUUUUUUUCAAGGGAAACCUUAGCUUAACUUAAGUUGAAAAGUGAUAUUCUACGUAUUCUGCUUAGUGAUUAGUGCAGGUGGUCAUUUUGAUUGAGACUGAAAACAAUAGCUUGACCAGACCAGAGAGUGUUUUUGUGGCUGAAUAAUUAGUGAAGGACACUCUGCAAGAUUCAUCCAUCACUCCGGAGUGGAAACUAUUUAAGCAGAUGUGACACUAAAAGGACACGAUGACAUUUUCACCAUCCAAGUCCAUGGUGGAAUGGCCACCGGGAAGACGCGGCAGGAAAGUGGUCAGCAUCCUGCUGCUCUUUGGUCUGCUGUGGGGCAACGUUUCGGCACAUUUGCAAAGUGCAAAACUUGGUGUCCUGGUGGAUCUACACGAGCCGAUCAGCGGGGAUCGGAAUGCAGACCGAAAAUCGGUCUGUGGUCCAUUAAAUGUUCACUCGUACCAGAAACUCAGUGCGGUCCAGUGGGCGGUGGAAAUCAUUAAUAACAACUCGUACCCAGGGGAAUUUUCGUUGGACCUUCUUGUCCAUGACACUUGUGGAGAAAGUGGAAUCGCAUCCUCAGAAGCGGCACGACUUAUCAAAUGGUCCAAGGAUAACCCUCAAACGCCGCUCAUUGGAGUAAUCGUGAUUGGGAGUUUGAACAAUGAACGAAUUAUUGACAGUCCAUUGGAAAACUUGAAUAAUGAAAAUAUUUCGGCAAUCGUCACGUUUUCUAAGGCAGCCGGCUUAAUGUUGACGAAUCAUUCGAACGUCUUCACCACGGCGCCCGACCUCUCCGGCGUUACUGAGGGAAUCGUGGCCCUGAUCAACCAGUUGGGGGCACAAAACGUUGCAAUUAUUUCUUCAAGUGCACAAGCCAUUAAGAAAUUUCAACGGUUGGCGACUCCUCUCUCGAUCAAUGCGAAGAGUGCGUUUCUCAUCCAGAAAGACAACCUCCCGACAUUGAUGGACAUCGUAAAAUUUCUCGAAGGACAAGCCAGCACCGUUCAAAGCGUGAUUAUGCUGUUGGAGUCCACCGAGCUGGAAAGUUUGGUGGGAGACAGUGAUGCCCAAUCUGUGGAGCGAUUUCAAAAGCUAGUCGGACAGAAAUCAUGGAUUCUUGGAUCUGUCGGAAUGGAUAAUGAUCUCGUAAAGGAUUGGAGUUCCAAGUUUCAAGUUAAUCUACUCACAAUGCAACCAAGGACUUUGAUCAAUUCAGAAUUCCACUCGUAUUUCGUGGAUAAGCUCAUGGCCACAAUGCCAUCAAAUGGGAACAAGGAAGCCGUCCAAUAUAUGGAAUCCAUGUACCACUGUCAGGACUCGAAAACGAAUAAGAAGCGUCUCAAUAACCCAUUGAUUCCACAAUGCAGCUCCCUCACGAGAACAAUGUUGUUAAAGAAGCUGCACCCAGAAUCAGACAUUGGAUUCAUCGUGAACGCCGUGUCCGCCUACUCUGCCGCGUUGCGAUUGGCUCAACUAUCCUGUAAUAAUGCUACCAGCUCGAACAGCACGGAUAACUCGGACCUGUCCGACGAAGUCCUCGCCGCUCUGAGGAGCUUGAACUUACCUGCGAAGGAUGUCGAAGAACAGGACGCGUCAGACAGCACGACGGAGUCAACGGUUUCGAGCAGUCAUGAAAUUGAGGGGACGCAACGACGAAUCAACUACUAUGGAAAGUUGAUCAGUAGGAAGUACGACUUGCUGUUGAGCAGGGCGAAUGGGAAGUUAUCAAAGAUUGGACAGUAUACGCAUGAAGAUGGUCUAGUUUUGGACGUCAUGGUCGGCGUCAAGCUUGAGGGUGGGACGAGCAUGCAGGACGGCGUGGUCGAGGGGACCGAAGCGACGGUCAAUGUUGAAAAGCCAGGGGCCACAAAGAUCAGUAUGCGACGCGGAAAAACAGCCAAGACUGGUGGUCAGGAGAAGCUUCUUGGCGAAGGGAGAACGACGGAUAUGGCUGCCGUGAACGUGCGGAGGAUGAUGUCCCCUCCGGAACUGUACAUUUCUCGAAUGUGGGCCAUGAUUGCGACCGCCGUGUCGAUUACGGGCGUAUUUAUCUCGCUGUACAUGCUGGUCUAUGUCCUACAACGAAUGUGUGACGGGACUCUGAGAGGGAAUCAAAUCUUAGGGAUUUUACUCCUCCUCGGAAUCAUCAUGAUCUACUCGAGCGUCGUCCUCUUCGUCCUCCCACCUGGAUCCGUGCUGUGCAAUUUCAAAGUGUUUUUACCCUCAAUCGCGACCGCCACCUGUUUUGGAAUUCUGAUGCUGAAAGCGAUGCAACUUCGAUCCCUGGUCUCGCUCGGGUUGGGGGGACGUGUCCCCGCCCUGAACCAGUUUGUCACACUCCUCUUCAUCGUGGCCGUCCAGGUUGCGGUGAACGUCCAGUGGUUCUUUGGCCCACACGAGGAAACCUUUCCGACUAGGGUGGAAGUCAUGUCGUCGGGAUCGUAUAAACAGCCGCUAAUCCAGGAAUGCUUUUACUCGCAUCACUCCUUCCUCUAUCUCCACUCCUACCUGGGCGUCCUUAUUUCCGUCGUGUUUGUCUAUGGUCUCUCUGUCCUCAAAAUCCGAAGGAAUUACAACGAAGCUAAAUGGAUUACUCUCGCGUCUUGUCUGAGCCUUCCUAUCGCCGUAGCGUGGGCCAUCGUGGUGCAGGUGGGGCCCGCAAAUUUCCAAGAGCCUGCGGCCUGUGCAGCUUUCAUCACAACAGCAACGGUGCUCCUCUUCUCAAUCUUUAUCCCGAAAUUAAAUACGAUUAGUCAGCAGAGCAAAGUUGCAAAAAGGAAGCAGCAGCAGCAACAGACGCUUAAACCUGGCAGUGGUGGCGAAGGACCUCCACCGGGUUAUGGUGGAUCAAUUUCUACAAUAUUUACUACUCUGUCGGAUCGUGGCACGCUACAGAGUCAGUUUAGUCAAAAGAGAGGUUCCCCCCAAAAGCAGCAGCAGCAUUUCCCUCCCCAUCACAAUAUUCAGUAUCCCCCCCAUCAGAAUGUCAACCACCACAACCUAUACGUCCCCCCACCACCACUGCCGCCACUAAUAUCUUCAUCGAACGGGAAGUCUGUCACUUAUUCGCCCCGUCUCACAACCAACUUUUACCACUCUUCUUCAACGGCGACUUCAUUAGCGAGAAGUGCAUCCAUGAAAACACCGUUUUUCGGUGAUUCUGGCAGAACGGGUUACCCGUAAUUUCAUCAGCCCUCCCCCCAACACGUCACUCCCCACUAUGUCAAAAAUAUCCAGUUCCAUCCAUCCAUCCAUCCAUUAAAAUUCUAUUUACUGCAUAAUGUUAUAACAGGAUUUUUCCUCUACCAACCACCAGUGGCCGCGGAAGCUGUGGGGACAUUAAUAUUGUAGGAUAGAGGAGGGACGGGUUUAUAUAAGAUGGGGAGAUGAAGAACCAUGGGGACAUUGUCCCUCUGUCCCCUCACCCUUCCGCGGUCACUGUUUGCCACCACGACCACCUUCCUAGAACUCUCUUGUACAUAUUUAAUAUUCUGUUUCACUCACCUUUUACAAAUUGUACAGCAGUUUAUCUAUGUAGCAGAGGGGUAAUAGUGUUAAGGAUGAUUUUACAUAUUAAGGAAAAAAUCUAGGCUAAAAAAGUACGUAGGCAAUAAGUAAGUAUCACUAACCUAACUAUUUUAAAGAUAUACAUAUGUACAUGAUUUUGGUAAAAUGAAUGCAAAUCUAAAAAGUUAAGGAGAACGGAAGAAGAGAACAAGAAAAUAAAGCUGUCGACUUGAA